UCUCUCUCUCUCUCUCUCUCUCUAUUUCUUCAAGUUCUUUUUGACCUGUGUGGAUUCUGAAGGGUAUUGGCUUGCGGGUGAGUGAAUAAUGGCGGGGGGAGGUGAUGGAAAGUUGAGGGAGCUUGAUCAGACACCCACAUGGGCGGUGGCGGGUGUCUGUGCAGUCAUCAUCCUUAUCUCUAUUGCCUUGGAGAAGAUUAUUCACAAACUUGGACAUUGGUUUACAGAGAAGCACAAGAAGGCCCUAUAUGAGGCUUUGGAGAAGGUUAAAGCCGAGUUGAUGAUUCUCGGUUUCAUUUCACUAAUCCUGGUAUUUAGCCAAUAUUACAUCGCGGAUAUCUGUAUUCCCGUUAAAGCUGCUGAUACCAUGUUGCCAUGUCCUAAGCCUGACAAACCUGAUUCCAAAUACAAUGAAGAGGAAAAUCGUCGGAAGCUUUUGUGGUAUGAGCGUCGAGAAUUAGCCGGUGGUAAAUCUUCUGGUUGCAAAGAGGGGAAAGUGCCGCUUAUAACUGUUGAUGGACUGCAUCAAUUACACAUCCUCAUAUUCUUCUUAGCAGUCAUUCAUGUGGUAUACAGUGCCGUUACUAUGGCACUUGGGAGAUUAAAGAUUCGUGGCUGGAAGCAGUGGGAGGAGGAGACUUCAUCCCAUGACUAUGAGUUUUCCAAUGAUACUUCGAGAUUCAGGCUUUCACAUGAGACAUCUUUUGUGAGAGCACAUACCAGCUUUUGGACCAGGAUUCCAUUAUUAUUUUACAUCGGAUGCUUCUUUCGACAAUUUUUCAAGUCUGUUAGCAAGUCUGACUACUUGACCUUGCGGAAUGGAUUCAUCACUGUCCAUUUGGCCCCCGGAAGUAAAUUUAACUUCCAACAGUAUAUCAAGAGGUCAUUGGAGGAUGACUUCAAGACAGUUGUGGGAGUCAGUCCGGUGUUAUGGGUAUCAUUUGUGGUUUUCUUGCUUCUAAAUGUUGAUGGGUGGAGAGCAUUGUUUUGGGCGUCCUUAAUUCCUAUGAUCUUAAUCUUAGCUGUGGGAACAAAGCUUCAAGCUAUUUUGACAAAGAUGGCUCUUGAAAUCACUGAAAGGCAUGCAGUGGUCCAAGGAAUGCCUCUUGUGCAAGGGUCAGACAAGUAUUUUUGGUUUGGUCGGCCCCAGUUAGUUCUUGAUAUUAUCCACUUUGCUUUAUUUCAGAAUGCAUUCCAAGUAACAUACUUUUUGUGGAUAUGGUACGAGUAUGGGCUGAAAGCUUGCUUCCAUGAUAAUUUCGGGCUGUUAAUUGCGAAAAUUGCUCUAGGGUGCGCAGUCCUAGUUUUAUGCAGCUAUAUUACGCUUCCACUAUAUGCCCUUAUAGUUCAGAUGGGUUCACACAUGAAGAAAUCUAUCUUUGAUGAACAAACAUCCAAGGCCCUUGAGAAGUGGCGAAUGGCUGUUAAGAAGAAAAAAGGGGGAAAGGCAGGAAAGUCCCAUACUCGAACUCUUGGUCAAGCAAGCCCUGAUUUGUCGAUGGGUUCAACUGUGAACUCCUCUGGAGCCACCCUUCAUCGCUUCAAGACCACAGGUCACUCCCAACUUUAUGCACACGAGGACCAGGAGAUGUCUGAUAUGGAAGCAGAUCCAUCUUCUCCCAUGUCAUCGACAACCACUUUGAUCUUAAAAGUCGAUCAUGACGAUUCAGAAACUGAAACAAGUGUACCACACCAUAGGGAAGAGACCAAGAAUGAAGAGGACUUCUCAUUUGUGAAGCCUGCUCCACAGAAGUGAAGAUCAUAGUAGUAAACAGAUGUAAAGCUAGUAUGAUUCCCCCCCCCCCCCCCCUUUCUUCCUGUGUUUUUUGAACACAUUUUAUAAUUUUUGGUGAGCCGCGUGGUUAAAUGUAGCGGAAUUUCUUGUACAUUUGGCAUACCUUUUCAUUGAUUAUAGUUUUAAAUCGACAUUUUUUUUCCUACAUUGUCUAAUAAACCAGUAGAGCUGAAUGUUGAGCUUGUACUUUC